ACUAUCUCUUAUAUAAUUUUGUCAGAUGUAUGAUGAGAUGUUGUGUUUCCUCCUACAGUACAGGAAUACUCUUGUAGCUCCUCACUGUUGAUUGAGUCCAGGUACAGCUUGUUUAAUAAUGUGAAUCCAUCUUUAACCUGUUGUCCAUUCUUAUACCAGAUUUAAGCAUGUUUGCUAUUCAGAGUGCAUUUGGUUGAACAGCUUAAUAUCACUUUUUCUCCGUCUAUCACAGGGUCUGGGCUGCUUCUCACAUGUGUAUCUGAGAAUUCAUAUGACAGAGUUCACGCCAACUAUUUUUAAAGUUAGGCCUGAAAUGUAUAAUUCAACUCAUUCAUAAAGUAGGAUGUGAGCAAUGGCAAGGUCAUGGAGUCAAACACAUAUAGAUAAAAUAUAUAAUAAAGCUUUAAAAAAAGCAUCUGUCAAAUGCAUGAGUGCAACAUAAAUAUUAGUCUGGUAACACUUUAUUUCGAAAGUCCACUUUAGACAUUUUACUAACUUUAAGUAACUUUGCAACUACUUAUCAACUACCAAUCUUAAGAGAAUUAGUAGAAUGUCUGUGUAAGGAUGAGACAGAGAGGAAUGUGAUGCAAUAAAAUGUUUAUUAGUAAUAGCGAGAGGGGCAUAAAAUCAAUAAUCCACUGGAAACUUCACGAACACAGUCCAAUCAGGAACUCUGUUUACGACACAUAAUCCACCCGAAGGUCUUUCAGAAACAUGAAGUUCAAUACAUAAUCCACAAGGGUGCUUUAUCAGGAUCUCUGCUUUCAAUACACAAACCACGAGGGUAUCAGGAACAUGGCUUUCAAUACAUAAUCCACGAAGGGGCUUUCAGGAACUGGAGUUUCAAUACACAAUCCACGAUGGGUGAUGAACACCAUACGACCAAUCGAAUCUUGUCUGAAAACGAGACACACCGAUGAGAGAUGUACAUGAGACAUAUAAUGUUCACGGAUCUGUACUGUACCGAGUUCAAAAGUGUCAGUAUCCUGACAGAGUAUAAUCCGAUAUGUCCACAGAGAGAGGAAAACAGAGAUCCAGAACUUCCAAGAGAGAGAGAGCAGGAACCGAGCGAGAGCGUAAACCUCAACCGAGUCCUGGAGGCAAACACAGUGAGUACAAAUCUAAUAACAGGAUCAAAGACCAACAUGAGUCAGACACGACAUGGCAGCGAUCUCACGGAAGAACAAAACGAACGUGCACAAAACACAGCAAACCUGAACCUAAUAUAGAGAGAGACAAACACGCACCAGCUGUAGAAAACAAUCAGGGAUAACGAGAAGGGAGGGGACAAGGAGUACGCACGUGAGAGACAAAAGGUAAACAAACAGAAAGUGCAACCGAUCACACCAAAGUCCUAACAGUCUGCUUAAUAUCUACUAACACUUUAUUGUGAUGAUAUCUCAACAGACAUUCAACUGUCUAUAAGUAUCUUUGCAGAUGCAUGUCAACUUAUUCCACUAACCCAAACCUCUUCCCUAACCCCAACCCUUACAGUCAACUAAUACACUAAUGACAGUAAGUUGGCGUAUAAUUGCAAAUUAUUGAAAGUUAGUUGACAUGUAGUUGCAAAGUUAUUUAUAGUUAGUAGAAUGUCUAAAGUGGACUAUCAAAAUAAAGUGUAACCAUUUGUCUUAAUUAUGAAGACCUCUGUGAUGAGUGUCCUCUACAUCAACAUAAAAUCUUGAGCAACUUUGCCAUAAAUAGCACACUUAGACAGGAAGGGACCAUGUGAUGGUGACGGGAUGAGCUCUCCUUUGGGCUCAAUCCCUAUGGAAUUCGACUUCUUCUGUAAUACAAUCUCUGUCUAGUUUUCUUCAGCAUUUCAAGGAAGUGUUUGGUCAGACGAUGUCCGAUCUCUUGGUCAAUUCGAUGUUCAAUCUACUUCAAGGAAAGCUGUCUGUGAGUAUAUAGGCCCUUAAUUUCCGUUCUCUUGCAGCCUCCAGUGGUUGGAAUGAAACUGCCCUUAAAACAGCAUUUCGUCAUUGACUCAACCCCCAUAUUCAACAACUUAUAGUGGUAUAUGAGGAUUCGAUGGGUUUGGAAACUCUUAUCCAGAAAACUAUUUGUGUCUCAAUGUCUAUCAGCCUGUGACAAAGUAUCUGCUGCUGCAAAUCCUCCACCCCUGGCUCCUUCUCUGGUUCCUCCAGCACCAAAACCUAUGCAAGUGGAUUCUACACACCUCUCUCUUUCAGAACGUCAACGACGCAUCCGUAAUAAACUCUACCUUUACUGUGGAGGAGAAAAGCAUGUCAUCGUCAAUUGCCCUGUUCGACGUCCUCGCCCAACGGUAAGCUCAGUUCAACUUACCCCGAAUAUUGAAACUUUAAGUUGUACUUCAGUACACCUGUUAACCUCCUGUCCCAGGUUAAUUUGUGUCCCAGCGAAAGCCCUCAUCGACUCAGGAUCUGCAGAGAACUUCAUGUCCACACACCUCCUACAAAAACUAAACAUUGGAAGACACAGAUACCAACAGGAUCUCAUUGUUCACACUAUUCAAGGAAAGGUUAUAUUCGUCAUUACACAAAUAACCCUUCGUUAACCCUUCGUGUUGGAUGCUUACAUGUAGAAGAAAUAUCCUUUAUGGUGCUGGAGGAAUCCACCACAGAACUCAUCCUGGGAUGCCCGUGGCUAUCCAAACACCUCCCAAACAUCGACUGCCGUAAUGGUGAAGUCGUUAGCUGGGGUAGGAACUGUUUCCAGUCAUGACUAACACUCGUUCGUAAGUCCACUUCUCUCCAUUAUUCUUCAUCACCCAAGUCCGACAAAGAACUCCCUAUCGGAUCCACUACCGUCGAAAGUCCCCCAGUUCAACGGCAGGUAGAAAUACCCAAAGAAUACCGGCCAUUCCAGGAUGUUUUCUGCAAGCGACUGGAAACCAAACUUGCACCUCAUUGGCCAUAGGACUGUGCCAUCGACCUGCAACCUGGAGCAUCAUUACUCAAGGGUCACAUCUACCCGCUGUCAAUCCCUGAACAGAAGGUCAUGGAAGAGUAUGUGGUGGAAGCUCUACAACAGUAAUUCAUUCGACCAUUUACACCCCCUGCAGCUUUGAGUUUCUUUGUGGCCAAAAAAGAUGGUGGCUUGAGACCCUGCAUCGACUACAGACAUCUGAACUCUCAGACGGUAAAAUUCAGUUACCCCCUUCCUCUGGUCCCAGCCGCACUAGAACAACUGCAAGGAGCUCUUAAUAUCUCUAAGAAAUGCCUUUAAUUUGAUCCGCAUCUGUCAAGUUGACGAGUGGAAAACAGCCUUCGUAACCCCUUCAGGACACUAUGAAUACCAGGUCAUGCCCUUCGGACUAUCCAACUCGCCUUCUGUAUACCAAGGGUAGAUGAAUGAAGUCUUCCGCGAAUACCUUAACAGGUUCAUAAUUGGCUACAUAGAUGACAUCCUGAUAUAUUCGAACUCUCUUUCUCAACAUCAUCGUCAUGUUACCCUGGUAUUAGACAAACUAUGGGAGCAUUGAUCCACUCGUACUGAGUAAUCUGAAUGUAAAGUCAAAUCUUCAGGUUCAUCUUGGUUUCUCCAGUUCGUUCUCUGUUUCUUGCUGAACCAGAACCCAGUUCUGAUGAUGUUGUUUGAGUUAUUGCACCACACACUCACCCCUGUCCCCCUCACAGCACAAAUAUAUAGCGUACAGCGUCAGUUCAGGCAGGCCACGUAGUCAAGCGAUGCUAUCAGCUGAUUGUCAAACCUAAACCCAGCCUAUCAGCUGAUCCGAUUCCUAUGCAUCAAUUGGUCCCUUUCAAACAGGGCGCCCUAUUUAAAUGGAUUUUCAGUCUGUCUGCUUGGCUGCUUUCACUGCUUUGCUUGCAAAAGCGCAGUUUCUUGCAACAUGAUUAUACGCUUUUAUUUUGCUGUAACGUUACUCACCCAACUGCUGACCAUGUCUGCCGCCGCAAAUGAUAACGUUACAGAUCCGUGGCAAAUUGAAUUCAUCGAAGAAUCCCAGCAUCAAAUAAGUCAAGCGGAGGAAGCCAUUAAUGACGAAAGCAAUGCUUCUGUCCGCCGGAGCUCUCGCCUGGCAAGUAAAUCAUCUUGUAGUCCUCCCAGCAUCAUUGACUGGCCGCUGCCGAAAUUACUGGAAACCUUAUACAGACACGACAUCCCGGCACCAACUGGAGCUUCGCAUAAGGAACUUUUUGCUUUGCUUUGUGAAAAAAUUGACGUUCCAGCAGCAGAUAUUCCUCCUCCUCCUCCAUUCUCCGGCAAGAAACAGACGCAGAAGAGAAAGAAUCUAGAACCGGCUUCCACUUCGGCUGAUGUUGCACCCAAGCGGGCAGGCGGAUCCGACGUCUCAACCCGAGCAAUCUACUCUUCUUCAGUCCAAAACAACGACCCAGUGUUGUCAGCUUUGUCCAGCAUUCAGUCUUCGCUCUCCAACAUGAAUUCCAGAAUUCAAGCUCUUGAGUCCGGUUCAAGAUCUAAGGCCUCGGCAAACUUUUCCAUUUCUGGUCCGUCUUGCGAUAACUCCUCAUCGACCACGGCGCGGCUGCCCGUGUUUACUCCGCAGCAGAAUGAUGACGUCAUCAAUUCAGUGACUAUACCACGAAGAACUAUGGGAAGUGCAGUUCCCGUGACUACAGGCUCUCCAUUCUUUCCGCCGGCUGCUGCGAUUUCUCAUCAGUUGAGAAGCCAAAUCAUCGCAGGUGUCGUCCACAAGCUUGUCUGGAGGACCCAUUAUUUACAACAGAGGAGGGAAAGCCCAUGUCCAGAGCCUGGUUUGCAUCCCGUUUCCGCCUGCUUUGUCAAUUCUGCGGGCUACCCCCAGAGUGUUAUUCGGCCCAUUCGCUGCGCAUAGGGGCUGCUACAACUGCAGCUUCCUCUACUCCCGUUUCUACCCUAAAAGCUAUGGGAAGAUGGUCUUCGGCAGCUUAUGAACGGUACCUCCGGCCAGAUACUCGAGCCAUCCUUGAGGCUCAGAAAGCUAUGAGUAAUGAUUGUGAUAUGUAGUUAAAAUAAAUAUCGCUUCAGUAAUUUAUUGCUUGCUUUUUAUUUAUUUCUUUUUGCUUCAUAUAUCUAUUUCUCUGCUAGCUCAUGUAGUUCUAUAGGUAUUUUUAUUUUUAUUGGCUUUUUGAAAAAAAAAAAUUUUUUUUUUUUAAUCCUCUGCUGGCUCUUCGAUAGCAGGAAGGGCCAGGGAUGAUUGCCUGGUAUGGUCUGUUUGGGGGGGAAUUUUGCUGCUAUCCCAGUUUAUAUGGGAGAUUGUCCCCAGAAGCUGCUGCUGUUCCCUGACUAGCUUUCAUGGAGCUCAUGAAAAGGUUGGGGAAUUCAGAACAGAGCCAUACCGCCAAAUGUAAUUUUAACAUCUUGCAAAUAAACAUUUUAAAUGGCAAAGAUUUGUUUUAUUUUUGACUCAAGUGGUCCUGACUGAAAUAUAGCGUACAGCGUCAGUUCAGGCAGGCCACGUAGUCAAGCGAUGCUAUCAGCUGAUUGUCAAACCUAAACCCAGCCUAUCAGCUGAUCCGAUUCCUAUGCAUCAAUUGGUCCCUUUCAAACAGGGCGCCCUAUUUAAAUGGAUUUUCAGUCUGUCUGCUUGGCUGCUUUCACUGCUUUGCUGCAACCCACCUCCUCCCCUAGCUCCUCCUUUAAACUCUGUUUAACUUAAUCAGUUUCAUUUCAUUGUCACUGAUGCACGCUCUGUUCUAAUUGGGGGGGAAUUUUGCUGCUAUCCCAGUUUAUAUGGGAGAUUGUCCCCAGAAGCUGCUGCUGUUCCCUGACUAGCUUUCAUGGAGCUCAUGAAAAGGUUGGGGAAUUCAGAACAGAGCCAUACCGCCAAAUGUAAUUUUAACAUCUUGCAAAUAAACAUUUUAAAUGGCAAAGAUUUGUUUUAUUUUUGACUCAAGUGGUCCUGACUGAAAUGCAGUUUAUUACAGGUUACAUUAAAGUUAUCCAAUGUUAAAGACCCUGAAGACGAAACUGUAACAUUAUUAAUAUUUUUUAACCCAUCAGUGUCUACCCAACACUGGGUUUAAAAUAACCCAGCAUCUAAAAAGGAUAU